AUGGCUCUUCUCCUUCUUCUUAGACCGGUCCUCUUACUCUCUCUCUUACUAUCCGCCCCAAUUCUCCGUUCCCAAGCUGCCUCGGGAUCGAUCGCCGAAGAAGAAGAUUUCUCGGAGGAGUUGCUUCUGAGGCCAUUGCCGGAUCGAAAGGUGCUGGCUCACUUCCACUUCCGGAGCAGGGCCCCACAUACUAGCUCCAAUGGCCUCCACCACCAUCUCUUCCCCAAAGCCAUAUCUCAGCUGCUACGGCUAAAAGGAAACUCACAAAAAAAGGUGAAGGCUGCCGCGCCGGCUUCGUCGGGUAAACGCCCUCACCUAGAAGUUGAAACGGUAGGAGACGCUCCUCGGCCCAAAAAACUCGUCAAGAAAUUGGCUAAGAAAGGGGAACAGGAGAUUCACGUUAUCUCUGGUCAAACCACGGGGGCAACUAUUCCUAGCGUUUCUCUUCUUCCUCUUGUCGUCGAAGCUUCGAUCGCGAUACAGCUAGACCCGUCGAUUGAGCCAGCCAUUAAUUCAGCUGUUGAGCAGCUUGCAACUUCAGCCCCGGUUGUUGCUUACGCCAAACCCAACUCGGUGGCUAUCACCCUGGAGGAAGCGACUCCUUCGGCUAAGAAGAACUCCCUUCCUAUCCCAAAGAAAACUACAGCGAUCAUCAUGGAAGAAAAGGAUAAUAAGAGUGAAGGUCCCCAGUUGGUAAGGAGGUCUCAGCCGGCCAAGAAAACCACUCUUAAUCCCCAACUGGUGGUCGAAACGGCUAGUCAAGUCGAGCCUCCCUCGGUCGAAGCCAAUCCCGAUCCUGCAAGGGCAUUGUUGGUUGAACUGGAACCAACAGCAGUGACUUCUGUUCACCCUCAGGAUCAAAAUAUUAGCAUUCAUCCUCAAGAAGUUACUUCGAAUUUUGUGCCCGAUUAUUCAUUUCACCGAAAAUUCUAUGCACUGAAAGGUGUUAUCUAUAUUUCUUGGCCACCUCAGUGGCCAUCGAAUGUGGAUAAACUCCAUUGACUGCAUGAAUUAAGAGGCUCCCUUAAACACUGGGCUCAGCCUCUAAGUUCUCUAGGUUCGAGCAAUGAACCAGCAGAUACAGCCAAAGUCUCAUCUCAGCAGGUCCUAGAGCAAACUUCCCCUUUCUUGUCAUUCUUCUCGCUUAAUUUUUCUAAACAUACAUAUAUCCUUAAUGCAGGUCCUAGAACAAACUUCCCCUUUCCUUGCUAGCUCUUCAGGGAUGAUCGGUUCCUUCGCCGCCACAACGGGUUCGGCUGAAACGAAUGCCAUUGCCAAGUUACAGGCGCUUUUAUCCUUAUCAGCCUCUUAAAUCCUUGAAUGCAAAUGCCUUAAUUCCAUGGGAGAAUGUUUGAAGGACCCUGCAGUCGACGGCCAUCUGAGCAAUGACGCCGUCACCCGAGUGUCUUCAACCUUAGAAUGAACUCGAGAAUAUUUUGGUAUCUUCGAGAAAGCUCUUCGGGCCACUUGAAAGCUGCAACGGUUGUUCAAGAAGCUCUUCGUCUAAAGGUCGAGGUGCUAAAGGUGAAGAAAGACCAAUUGGCCGACCCUGCAAAGGAUUUCGAGUCGAGCAAAACUUGUUUGAUUGAAUACACAGCUAGCACGAAGCGGAUCGAACAGUUGAAGAUGGAUAAGAGAAAUCAACAAGCUGAGGUCACCAUGGGCAAAGUGAGGUGGUUGGAGUUGAAGGCCGUCCUUGAAGUUUUUCUUCCUUCAUCACCCUAGACCUGUUUAGUUGUAAACUGGUCCAUCAGCUCUACUUGUACACCUUUUUCAUGAACUUAAUGAAAUGAACUUUUAUUCUCGCAUCUCCCAAGUGACUAGAUAAUAUGUUUUCAAAAAUUUUCCAUUGAUUGGCAGUUUAUGAAUUAGACCGGUUUGAUCUUUAAGGUGGUAUGCCCCCUUGCCAGGAACUUUAUGGACGACGAACGGUUCUACCUAAUUAAGCGACCAUUUCCUGAAUCUAGGAUCUUUGAUUCCUAAGGGCAACACAGUCUGCCAAACUAACUCUCCUUCAUCGAACCUUUUUUGUCUGACUCGUUGGUUAUAGGCUCGUUCAACAAUCUUUUUAUGUGCCACCAACAAAUUAUAAGCAUCGAGUCAAGUUUCCUUCAGGUCUUCUAACUUUUGUCUCAUCAAUUGAUUGUAUUCGACACUGAACAUACUACUUUGUUCAAUUGCUCGCAACGAAUUUAUACUUAACUCGACUAGUAACAUCGCGUUGUAUCCAUAAGUUAGCGUAUACAGAGUUUUCCCUGUUACCAACCGAAGCGAAGCCCAAUAUGCCUAUAAAACCUCGUUUAACUUUAAAUGCCACAUACCAGGCUCUUCUUUUAUUGUUUUUUCAAGAGUGCCGAUCAACACUUUAUUACUUGCUUCGGCUUGUCCAUUUGCUUGUGGAUAAUACAGCGUGGACUUUUUGAGCUGAAUUUUUAAACUUGCGGUGCACUCUUUGAAUCUGUCGGACGUAAAGAUUGUACCAUUGUCUGUUAUGAUUAUCUCUAGUACGCCGAAUCUAGUUUGAUAUUUUCUUCCACAAAAUUACAAACCUUUUUAGACGUUAACUCGGCGUAUGACUUUGCUUCAACCCAUUUGUUGAAGUAGUCUGUUGCAACAAGUAUCCAUGCAUACUUAGCUGAUCCAGAAGACAACGUAAUUUUUUCGAUUACGUACAUGGCCCAUCCUUUGAAUGGCCAAGGUUUGGUGACUGAGUGAAGUAAUUUGGCCAAGACUCGUUGUAUAGGCCCAUGAAUUUGACAUUGUACACAUCGUUGUGCAUACUCGAUACAAUUCUUCAAUAUAUUCAGCCAGAAAUAGUCGUGUCGUUGAAGCAGCCAACGCAUCUUGCACCCAAAUUGAUAAGCCCCGCAAAUUCCUUCAUGUACUUCUGCAAUUGCUUGGACAACCUCUCGCGGGCCGAGGCAUAAUAACAAUAAACCAUCCUCACAUUUUUGGUACAACUCGCUCUGAUACAACACAUAAUUUGUGGCAUAGACCUUUGUCAUGCGGUCGUGUUUGUUACUGAGGUUAUCAAGAUAUCACAUGAUUGACCUUCUCCAAUCGUCUGGUAAUGUCUCGAUAGCGUACACGUCUACAGGAUCUCCUCGUUCUAACAAUGAAGGUAAGGACAUUACUCGUGUAUGGAUCACGUGAUCGUGUUGGAGAACUUGUUGAUUGACCAAGGUCGAGUGUGAUCGUCAUACUACGGGUAUCACUCGGCCUAGCUCAACCCAAAGAGUCGUGCGUCGGAGGCUAUUUAAGCCAACUCGUCUGCAUCGGUAUUUUAAACACGAGAGAUAUGUUUGAACAUGAUACCAUCAAACGACUCGUCCAAAUAGCUGGCAACCAUGUGAUAGGGCGGCAGAGUACAACUCAUGCAGCGGAAAGUUCCAUUGAGUUGGUUAAUCACAAGUUCUGAAUCGCCGAGGACGAGUACGUGGGCUGCCCUUAAGUCGUGAAGGACGUUGAUGUCGAUGAUAAGGGCUUUGUAUUUGGCCUGAUUAUUUGUGCAAUCAAAAUCAAGCUUGAGAGAAAAAUACUAGUGAUGUUGAUCUGGGGAUUGAAUGAUAAUUCGAACACCAUCCGAGGCUGAAGUACUAGAACCAUCAAAAUACAUUGUCCAAUAAUUGUCACGUGUUUCCACCAUGCCGCUUUCAAUGUCGUUACCCCCGAAACCAUAUGGAGAAGAAUGUUGAGCUAAGAAAUCGGCAAGUGAUUGCCCUUUGAUAGCUUUUUGUGGCACGUACUGGAAACUAAAUUCGGAUAGUGUCAUUGUCCAUUUCCCAAUUCGGCCUUUGACCAUUGGUCGAGUGAGCAUAUAUCGAAUAACAUCAGUUAGGGCGAUGACCUGAGUGACAGAAGGGAACAUGUAAUUUCUACAGCUGAAUAAUUGAUUUCAGGUGAGUUAAGAUUCUGGCUGAGAUAAAAGAUGGCAUGUUCACGCCCGAUAUAGUUUCCUUGUGCGAAAAGGCAAUCGAUAGACUCUUUGGCCGCCGAAAUGUAUAGCUUAAGAGGUUUACCAUGUCGAGGCGGCACAAGGACGGGUGAGGUUGUAAAGGAAACCUUGCCGCUUGAUGUUCUUCACGCCACUCAAACUUGUUCGAAUCCUUGAGUUUCAAAAGCGUAGAGAACGCCUUCAUUUUUCCUACUGAAUUAGCUAUGAAAAGACGAAGAAAGUUUAUCUGGCCAAGUAAAGACUAAAGUUGCUUUUUGGUCAUGGGGGGUGGAGCGUCCAUGAUUGCGCAAGCUUUGUUUUCGUCCACCUCUAUGCCACGAUGAUGCACAAGGAAACCUAAGAAAUUGUCGACUGAUAAGCUGAAUGGCUAGGUUCAUUUUAAAGCCAUGCUGGCGCAUACGAAGGAAAACUUGCCGAAUGUCAUCUAAAUGGGUUUGGCGGCGUUUCGAUUUGACGACUACGUCGUGAUAUAUACCUCUAUGAUUAUACCAAUCAGGUCAUGCAAGAUGGUAUUCAUGGCACGUUGGUACGUGGCACUAACAUUUUUAAGGCCAAAUGGCAUGACUACCCAUUCAUGUCCUAAGUGCCCCCAGACAACAAAAGGCAGUUUUUUGAACAUCGGCUUCAACGAUAAAGAUCUGAUUGUAGCCAGCAUGGCCGUCCACGAAAAGACAAUAUUUCAUGAUUGGUCGCAGUGUCAAUUAACAAAUCUGAAAUUGGCAUCGGAUAUUCAUCUUUGGGGGUUACUAGAUUCAAUUUACGAAAAUCGAUGCAAAUGCGUAGAGCGUCGCUUUUCUUUAACAUUGGUACGAUAUUCACCAACCAUUCGACGUAUCAAGCUAUCCGAAUAAACCUGGCUUUUAAAAGCUGAACUAGUUCAUCUUUUAUGCUGAGUUGUACUUCAGUCAAGAAUCACCGAGGGGGUUGGCGAAAAGGCUUACAACCAUCUUUGAUGCGUAAUUCAUGCUCGACAAGGUUUCGAUCUAGACCAGACAUCUCAUGGUAACUCCAAGCAAAACAAUCUUUAAACUUGUUGAGUAAUUUACAAAGUUCAAUUUUCAUGAAUUGAGGUAACAAUGCACUAACAAAUAGCGGCCGAGGGUCAUCGGCCGUUCCAACAUUUAUUUCCUCUAAUGGGCUUUUGACUUGGGGCCGACUAUCUUCGAGCUCGACCGAGGUAGCUUGAACUUCAUCAAGGGAUAAGACGGGACCAUUAUCUCUUUCGGUGAGAAACUCCACAAGGUUUACGCCCAAAUUUGGUUGUUUGGAAAUAGUAUACCAAUGGGCCAGCAGUCAUUCCGUAGUAGAUGAAAUCACGGCCUGGUGUUCGGUGUGUUUGGUAUCAAACAUCAGGAUCGGUAAUGAGGUCAGCCAGCUCGAGUCUCGCCGAAUCUUGUUGAAUAGUCUUGGCACCAACCUUGAUGGCUUUUUGAACCAAAAUCUAAGUCUGCAUUCCUUCAUCGUUAAGACCAUUCAAGGUGAUGUAGUCGACGUAGUCGUCAAAGUAACGUGCAUGGAUCAUGUUAGCCUUGAAUGGCUAAUUAUCGGCUAGAUGAACCACAACCGAUUUGUUGUCCCAAAAUAUGAAAACUUGAUAUAACGAUGAAGGGAUACAACCUAUUUGAUAAAUCCAUUCUCAACCGAGCAAUGUGUUAUAUUCAGUCUUUGAGUCAACGAUGAAGAAUGCAGUCAUGUGAUUGCGACCUGCGAUAUUGACUUCUAACGGAAGUUCCCCUUAGUCUGGGAUUUAUCUCUGACGAAGCUACUCAUGGUGACUCCUGAUGGGAUAAGUUCGUCAUUAGAGCGACGUAGUGCUUUCAUGAUGGAGACGGGUAUGAUGUUGACCAUUGCUCCGUAGUCGACGAAGAUUUGGGAGACUGGAUAUCCUUCGAUGUGAGCUGUGACAUACAACAACUUUAAAUGAUGAAGAUUGGCUGAAGAAGAGUGGGGAAACAACUCGGUAAGGGCUACUUUGAGUUUGUCUUCUUUGCUUACUUGCUCGUCUUCCUCCAUGAUGAUGAAGUUGACUUGCAUUGCUUCUUCGGCAACCACAUCACCAUCCAAGAAAUUUGGUUGGGACGUGAUUGGCUGAAAUUCAAUCAGUAGAAUGUGGACCAUGCUAAUAUCCAUGUUGUCGAGAACCGAAGGGCUCAUUGGGUUACGGUCGUCGUCUUCUGACUAUCGAGCAAAGUAUCCUAUUUUGGAGUGUCAUAAACCUGAUUAGUUUUCUUUUCAAGUAAUUGUUCAUGUGAUGCAUCCAGCAUUCCAGUUUCAUUCUAAUUGCUAUCCCCGAGUUUGCUCGACAUUAGAAACCGGUCUCAUCCUUGGGACGCCUUACUGGUACGCUCUUGAUAGGUAAUUCGGGCAUCUUUCGUGUUUAAGUAAGCAUCUAGAAGAGACACGGCUGAGAAAACUUCAAAAUGGUAUCGUAAAUAUUAGAGGUCUUCAAGGGAGAAAGAAAGCUCAGUAGUAUCUAUGUUAGUAUAUGGGUCGACAUCGAAGCCAAGAACUCGAGCUUCUCGUAUAUCCUAGAACCUGGCCAUCAUUCCCGAAUCAGUAGUCUUUUGAAUAAUUUGUUCGGCAUCAAGGCAAGUUAAUGCCAGGCCAAGCGCCUCUUGACACACCUUUGGUAAGCCAUACAGGUCAUUAAUGGAAUAUUUCUUGGGAAAUUUCUACAUGUACUCUAAGGCUUCGCCGAGAAAUUGAGGGUGUAGAUUUCAUCGGACCUUUAUUAAUGGCUUUUGUGAAGGCAAUGGAGGAAGUUUGCUUUCUGCUUCCUUCCUGAGAUGUUCGAAACGAGCCUUCAUUUCCCUAGGCUAGAGAAAAAGUUUGAUGUGCUUCUUAGACUCUUUUAUCGUGGUCUCAAAAUUGUGAUCGAUCGCCUUCUUUCCGUGAAGUAAUUUAGCCAUGGUUGCUAGAGGUUGUCGAUCAUCUUCGUUAUCUAUUAUUUCUUUCGGCUGCCAUUUGGUAGCCAAGGUAGCUUGAGCUGCUUGUCGACGGGCCAUGCAGUCUAUUCACUGGCACUAGCGUUUCUGCGAUUUGGAAAGUGCUGUAUACACGCAGGUAGGAGAAUUGUAACUAUACCACAUUUGGUCGCAUGGCUCGGGUGGCUUGAAGGUCUUUUGGCUCAUAGAAUAACUCGAGUUGCUAGAGUUGCGCGCAUAAUAGUCCUCGUUAUAAAAUGGUGUGUCAAAAUCAAGGCGUCAUCUGGCUGAAGGUUGCUCAUCGAUCCGUGUCUGAGGGUUGAGUCUAUCGAAAACUCUCUGGCAUUGUUCUACGCCGAGCACUUUUUGAGGUGUCGUUACGGCCGUAGGAGGUGGUUGUUUAUAGCCUGAGGUGGUCUUUUAGCUUGGUGAAGAUGACAUUUGCCUUACACCGCCCAUCUGCUUCUUUUGCGCUGAAGGCUGACAUAAGCUCGACUACAACUGGUCCUAAAAAAUCUCUAGGCGACUUGUUUGAAAAUAAAUCAAUCUUAAGUUGUGGUCGAGAGUUCUGCUUUGGGACGUGUUGCAUUGGAAUGAACUUAGCCUUUCCUUUGCCUUUGUCUUUAGGCAAAUGAGCAUGUACCAUGUUUAUUGUUGUCGUAAGAUAUAGGUCGAUAUCGAUGCCCAUUUUCUUUUCUGGAAACUUGAGUUUAUCAUUGUCAAUCCAACUUUGGAUGACGUCUUGAAAUACGACACAAUUGUUUGUCUUGUGCUUGUUCAAGUUAUGGUACUUGCAAUACGUUUUUCCUUUCAAUUCUUCAGCUUUGGGGAUAUUAUGCCCAGGCAGAAGUUUGAUAAUUUUGGCAAGUAGCAAUUGAUCAAAGAUGGCGUCGGCCUUAGUAAUGUCGAAAGUAUAAACUUUCGUUGAUUUGAUAAGAGGCUCUUCAGGGGCCGAGCGAGUUUUGGCAUCUUUGGGAUUGACAUGAGCCAACGCCUUGCAUAUAUAUGGCUUGUCAAUUAUUAUAUCGGCCGCGUCUAUACUAGCAUAUUCUUCAGCUUCGGCCGACGUAUAACUGACCGUGGGGUUUUUGUAAAUUGUUCCUCUGGACGGGGACUUCGAAGCCUUCUUUUCUCAGAGUAAAUAGUCGUAUUGCUCGACAUGUUGAGCUAAUUCGUACAUGUCACGGAAGAGUAAUUUCUACAACAUAAUCCAGAGGAGUAAUUUCUACAAUACAAUAAGAGUAAAUUACUUUUAAAUGCUUUUAAGUCACCCUAAGAUUUUUCUUGUUUUUCACUACUAAACUUGAUUUAUA